AUGCCUAGUAAGAACUCUGUCAACCGUAGAAAAUACACUACAACAACAGCCCGUAAGCAACGUAAGAAUGCCAGCAAACGUUUGGAGAAAGAGCGUCUAGGUCUUAUCAAGCCAGCACGUUCUGCCAGGGAUGCCAAGUUUGACUUGAAAAAAUCUGUUCCUCUAGAUUUAUAUUUUAAUGGGAAGGAUUCAGAUAAUAAUCAAGGUGUUAUGACUACCAAAUCACUAUCCAAAAAAAGAACCAAGAAGAUCGAAAGAAUGUUAAACUAUGUCAAACAACGUAAAGAUCGUGAGAGUCGUACAGAAGAUGGUGAUGAAGAUAUGGACGUUGACCAAACCAAACGUCAAAGACCAACUAAGGAAACUUCUUUCGGCCGUAUGAAGAAUUUAUUAUGGGACGUUGUGGUAGACCAGAAUGGUGCAGAAGUAAUGUCCUUUAAUGUAACUCCAACUGGGGAUGGUACAACUUUAGGUGGCCCCUUUUUCCCUUAG